AGAUCCCCCACAACAUGUGUUUUUCUGCGCUUCUCAAAGUGGUGUUGUAUCUCAUCAGUGUUUUCAUCUUUUUUUUAGGAGUAACCAUUCUGGGUAUUGGAGCGACUGUGAUAGUGGAUAGCAGCCCUCUGUUGGGUGUACUAAAGAACAUGGAGAAUUAUUCUCAGUUAUUGCAGCUGGUCAACAUCAGCUACAUGCUCAUUGCAGUGGGUCCUGUACUACUGGUCACGAGCUUCCUGGGCUGCUAUGCAGAAUUCAAGGAGAGCAGGAUUAUUCUUCUGAUGUACUUCUUAAUUUUGCUGAUUGUCUUCCUCGUUAAGUUUGCAGGAGCCACAGUGCUGUUUGUCCACCGGGAUUCAAUUCUCAGUAGUCGAGGGGAUGAAGUUUUGAAGAACUUUCGUCUGGGGUACGGAGACGAUGAAAGUCUGACCUCUCUGUGGAACAACACCAUGGUAGAGCUAAAUUGCUUUGAUGGGUCCCCUUUUGAUGUUGCUCAUGGAGGAAAUGUUUAUCCACCCAUGUGCUGCAAUUCAAGAUUCACUGGUGUUUCGGAUAUUGAUGGCUGCUAUGACAAGGUUCUGCAGGAGAUCGAGAAAGGGGCUGUGCUCACUGCAGCUAUGGCUCUACUAACUGGUGCUGUGGAGAUUGUCGCCAUGGUGGUUUCGAUGACUUUCUACUGCAAGGGUCGCAAUGUAUUUAGGAGGUAGUGAUAACAGUCACAGCCAUUUCCUAUGAAUAAAGUAUUUUAAGAAAAUUAUUUUUAUUUUGAUUUAAAAAGCACACGAAAAAGAGGGAAUCUAUUGUGUUCUUUGUUUCGAAACGUUCAGUGUACAAAUUCAGAUUGUGGUUUCUUUAUGUCUGAAGAAGAGCUGUUGUUUCACAUUUAAUCAGUAAUGUGAAACAAUGCACAGUGAAGAAGAACUUCUGUCAGUGGCGUAGGGUUUGUCACAUUUACUGCCAUUAAGUGAUAAAAUGUUUUUUUUUUUUUUUUUGGUUGAUAUAUUUUAUGUUUGGUCAAUUUAGAAAACAUUCAGUGUGCAAAUGUUUAUUCACUAUUAAAAGUAGAAGUAUGUUACGAAGGGUUGAAAAACCAGAUAAAAGAAUUAAAAUACCAAAUAAAUAAUGAAUUGGAAAGGAAACUGA